AUGUCGGAGAAACCUAAGGAACACACUGGUUAUGCGAUCCAAAUUCAAGUGCAAGACUGGAGUAACGAUUUUGGCGUGUGCCCAUUAGUCAACCUUGACAAGCCACCUAAAGGGAGGAGUGGGCAUCGCCGCUUCUGCAAUCCAGACCUCUCUAACCCAAAUGACUUGGUAAAGGAAGGAAGGGCUAUGGUCGUCGAGAUGAAGACAACAGGUGAUCCAAAUAAACUACAGUGCAAGCUGUACGUUAGAGUGCAUUCGGGAAAUGCAGGUUCAAAAUCGAACCCGCAGGUCAAGAAUACGUAUGAAACCUACACUGCGAGCGUCAGUCUACCUGGGCAGAUGGGAGGUGACUGGAGUUCAAAGAGGGAAUAUGUUCCUGAUUCCGGGAAUGUGGCAUACAAGAAGACAAUAGAGCUGAAAUGCUCCCGGUCUGGAAGGAAAGCCUGCAUCUGUGACAAUCAUGAUAACACACAUGUAGUAGCAACCCCAUCUUGA